AUGGCUAAGAAGGACAAGAAGGGCGCCGACAAAAAGGCCAAGCUCGCUGAGAAGAAAGCAAAGCAGGAGAAGAAGGCCGACAAAAAGGCAAAGAACAAGGCCUCCAAGGCCGAUGACAGCGAUGCAGAGGACGUCGACCUGGACGAGGUCCUAGCUGAGUACCAGAGGCAGCAGGAUCAAUUCCUCAAAGUUACUGAGGUCGUCGCCGAUGGCCCGCCGAAGCCCAGGACCGCAUCGUGCUUCCUCGCCUCGCCAAGCAACUCCAAAGAGCUCCUCCUCUUUGGCGGCGAGUACUUCAACGGAGCGCUGGCAACUUUCUUCAACGAUCUGCACAUCUACAAUAUUGACAGGGACGUCUGGAAGACGGUCACGUCCCCCAAUGCGCCGCUGCCGCGGUCAGGGCACGCCUGGUGCCGGGGUGGCAACCAGAGCCAGUACGUGUACUUGUUCGGCGGCGAGUUUAGCAGCCCCAAGCAGGGGACCUUCUACCACUACAACGACUUCUGGAGGCUGGAGCCCAACACGCGCGAGUGGACGCGGAUCGAGUUCAAGGGCAAGUCGCCACCUGCGCGAAGCGGCCACCGCAUGACGUACUACAAGCAGUACGUCGUUCUCUUCGGCGGCUUCCAGGACACAUCAAACGCCACAAAGUACCUGGCGGACCUGUGGCUCUACGACACGGUCAACUUCUCCUGGAUCUCCCCCGUGCUGCCGCCCGCGCAGCUCAAGCCCGACGCGAGGUCCAGCUUCACGCUGCUCCCGCACGAGCAGGGUGCGGUGCUGUUCGGGGGCUACUCGCGCGUCAAGGCGACGGCGGCGGCCAACAAGGGCGCGAAGGCCGGGGCCCAGGGCCAGCGCAACGUUCUGAAGCCCAUGGUGCACCAGGACUGCUUCUUCCUGCGCAUCACGGCGCCCGCCGCCGACGCGCCGCCCAAUACGCCGCCGACCGUGCGGUGGGAGCGCCGCAAGAGGCCGGCCAACGCGCCCGAGCCCAAGCGCGCGGGGGCGACCAUGGCGUACCACAAGGGCCGCGGCAUCAUGUUCGGCGGCGUGCACGACGUCGAGGAGAGCGAGGAGGGCAUGGACAGCGAGUUCUUCAACGGGCUGUUCGCGUGGAACGUCGAGCGGAACCGCUUCUUCCCGCUCGCGCUGCGGAAGCCGCGGCAGCAGAAGAAGAAGGGUGGUGGCGAGGGCGACGAGAGGGUCGGCAGGAGGGGCCGCGCGGCGGCCAAGGAGGAGGAGCUCCUGAAGCAGCUCGCUGCGCUGGAGACCGGCAAGUCGGUCGAGGACGCGGGCGACAUGGAGCUAGACGGGAAGGAGGGCGGCGGGGACAGCAGCGAGGGGGAGAUGCCGGCGCGCGAGAUGCCCGUGUCGCACGAGCUGCCGCACCCGCGGUUCAACGCCCAGCUCACGGUGCAGGACGACGUGCUCUACAUCUACGGCGGGACGUUUGAGAAGGGGGACCGCGAGUUCACGUUUGACGACCUGAAGGCAGAGGAGGACUGGAUCGAGUCGGAGGACGAGGAAGAUGACGAGGAUGAAGAUGAGGACAUGGGCGAUGAGGACAUGGGCGAUGAGGAAGAGGAUGAAGACGUCGAGAUGGCCGACGAAGGCAGCACCAAGUUCACGGAGAGCAAGCGCAAGAAGAAGCAGCAGCAGGACGAUGUUUCCAACGCCGGCACGGACUCCACAGCCCCAUCGACGGCAGCAUCGGCGGCGGACGAGGAAGAGUCCGAGGCGGACACGGUGGCGACGUCUGUCGACGACGGACUGCCGCACCCGCGGCCGUUCGAGUCGCGGCGCGACUUCUUCCAGCGGACGACGGCCGAGUGGCAGGAGGUGCUGAUGACGAGCCUCCGGUGGAAGGGGAUCCAGCCCGAGAGCCUGACGGUCAAGGAGAUCAAGGCCAAGGCGUUCGAGCUGAGCGAGGAGAAGUGGUGGGACUGCCGCGAGGAGAUCACCGCGCUCGAGGACGAGCAGGAGGCCGCCGGCAUCGGCGAGGUCGUCUCGCUGGCCGACAAGGGAGAGGCCGGGGCUGGCGGUGGUGGUGGCGGCGGUGCUGGGAGACGGCGGUAA